AUGGAUCCCGAAAAAGGCUCCACGGAAGAAAGACCCCAUAAAGCAGAACUCCAAGAUUCGGGGCUAGAGCCAGGGGACAAAUGGAUCCACGGCUUGCAGCUGGUCAACAUCAUGGCUGCCCUGACGCUCGUUUGUUUCUUGGUACUGCUCGAUGCCUCAAUCAUCGUCACCGCCCUUCCACGCAUCACUAACGACUUCCACUCUCUUGCCGACAUUGGCUGGUACGGCGCGGCGUAUCAAUUGAGCAGCGCUUGUUUCCAACCCAUCACAGGGAAGAUCUAUGCUCUUUCAACACCGAAGUGGGUAUUCCUCACCUUCUUCACGAUCUUCGAGAUAGGAUCUCUCGUGUGCGCACUGGCUACUUCAUCGAAUAUGCUUAUCGGGGGACGAGUGGUUGCGGGCGUUGGCAUGGCAGGCCUGCUGAAUGGGAUUCUGGUCAUAAUCGCCGAAUGUGCUCCUUUGCAGAAGAGGCCGAUCGAGAAGUCUCUACUUCAGUUCGGCCAUACGCUAACAACGUGUUUAUUCGGCCAACUUGGACUGGUGGGUGGUCCACUUAUUGGAGGACUAUUCACACAGUUCGUGACUUGGAGAUGGUGCUUCUACAUUAAUCUUCCCAUUGGCGGUCUUGUCGCAGCCAUGCUGGUAUUCGUUCCCGUCCCGCAACAACAUUCGAGACCAAGCGCUAGGUCGAUCUUCCAUGGAUUCCUUUCUCACUUCGACCUGCUCGGUUUCACGAUCGUCGCUGGUGCCUCUACGAUGCUUCUGCUUGCCUUGCAAUUGGGUGGGAGUACUUUCUCUUGGGAAAGUUCGCAGAUCAUCGGCCUCUUCUGCGGUGCUGGCGUCGCUAUUAUUGUUUUCGCCCUCUGGAUAGUGCGGAAAGGCGACGCAGCUAUCUUCCCGUUCAGUAUGGUCCGCAAAACAGUAGUGUGGAUCAGCUGCGUCGUGUAUGGACUAUUUGCUGGACAUCUAUACACAGAGUCGUACUGGGUGCCGGUAUACUUUCAAGGAGUCAGGGGAGCCUCGCCGGCGUUGAGUGGUGUAUACAUCUUGCCGAUGAUAGUGGCCCAUAUCCUGUGCGCCUUGAGCUCUGGGCCUUUACUAAAGAGAGUGGGAUACUGGAUACCGAUCAGCCUUUUUGGUGCAGUGAUGAUUGCCGUCGGGAGUGGGUUGGUUUCCACGUUUUCGCCUACUACUUCGACCGGGAAAUGGAUAGGCUAUCAGAUCAUUCUUGGAGUCGGCCGCGGCAUUGGCCUGCAAAUGCCUCUCAUAGCCGUCCAGCACUCAGUCGCUCCUGCACAAAUCCCCGUUGCUAUGGCAUUCGUCAUGUUCGGCCAGUCGUUCGGCGCGGCAGUAUGUCUCGGCCUGGCUGAAACCAUCUACAGCAACAGCUUCAGAACCCUGAUUCCCAAGUACUCGCCUGGCGUUGACGUGCAAAGUGUCGUCGAAGCCGGGGCUACUGGAUUUCGCGCGAUUGUGCCCCAGACAAGCUUGGCUGGUGUGCUGGAUGCUGACUCAAAGAGUAUAGAUCGCUUUUUUUAUCUUGUAGCUGGCCUAGGAGUGGGCAUAUUUGCUUUUUCUUGGGGGUUGGGUUGGAAGAAUUUGAAGAAGAAGUGA